GGUGUGUCGUAAGCAAUAAGCAAUUACUUGACAGUCACGCAAAAAAAGUAUACUUAUUAGUAUCAUGAAAUGAGGCUAAUCAGAAAAUAGUAAUGUUUAAUCGACAGGUGAUAUUUUCAAGCUUUUACAACCGUAAACGUAGAAGUCACACACAUAAAGGGCACAAAAUGAGGCAGAGAGAAAGAUAGUUCGACACUAAUUUCGGCAAGAUCUAAACAUGGCUUCGGGUGGCUCAUCAUUAGACAGUACAGGGAGCAAUGGAACGCUGUCCAGAAGCUAUACAGUGUCCAAUAAUGACAGAAGUAACUCAUCUGGGGUUGCCUCUGUAAGAGACUAUGAUGGCCUUAAGCAACAAUGUGACAAAGCGAUGCAUGAACUCCAACUACUCAGGAGGCAACACAGUGAAACUAUUCGAAGAUGUGAUCACACAAUGAAAGAACUUGAAUACUACAGGGGUCAACAUUUGGCAGCAAUGAAUCAGCUGGAAGCUGCUGCUCAAGAGUCUUCAACUCUAAGGCAUAAAUACAGUGAUCUGGCAGCAGAGAAACAACGCUUAGAUAGAGAAGUGCAGAACUUACAGAAGGAAGUAACGGAACUUCGAUGUCAGCAACAGGAGGUGAUAGUGAGUGAGGGUGGUACAAAUGAUAGCUUAAAUCAGCAGUAUUUCAAUGCACUGAGGAAGUACGAGGCUGUGAAGGAUGAGUAUGAUGCCUUGAGAAAACGAUAUGAUGAUUUGCUCUCCUCCCAUUCUACUGCUGUGAGCAAGCUAGAACUGGCACAGGAAGAAGUUGGAAGGUUUAAAAAGCAGUAUGAAGAAGUUGUGCAAGAAAGAAAUGCUGCUGUUCGAGAAAGAAAUGGUCUAAAACAACAAUGUACAGCAGCAAUCCGUCAAUGGGAUAUGGCUCUCAGGGAGAGAAACGAAUAUCGAGAAGCUCUUGCUAAGGUUCAGCAACAACAUGAGGAGGCUGUGAAGGAAAUUAACCAAGCCAUGGCUGUUCGAAUGAAGGCAAGUAAAGACCUGAAAAGACUCACAGAAGAGCGGAAUGCUGCUAUGCAGGAGUAUUCUCUCAUCAUGAGUGAACGAGACACUGUUCAUAAAGAAAUGGAAAAGCUGUCUGAAGACCUUACAGAAGCCUUUAAGAAGUACAAGACCCUUGAAGGAGAAAACAAGGAAUGUAUGGAAAAGAAAAAGGCCUUGUCAUACCAAGUUGAAACAUUGAAAAGAGAAAUUGCAUCAGCCUUGCAUGACAGGGAUAGAGCACUGAAGGAAUGUAAUGAUCUCAGAGAAAAGUUUGGUGGAUAUACUGUAAAAGAUGAUUCAAACAGAGAAGGUUACAAAAGCAGGCUUGAAUAUCAUACAUACAGUCGAGAAAGGGACAAUACUAGAAAGGACCAAGCAGAAGUGUCAACGAGCACAAGGGACAUGUAUGGGAAAUCCCAAAAAGAAAGAAUGGAUAACCUAGAUCAAGCAAAUAUAGAAAUUGAUAGACUGCGCAAGCAGAUCGAUAAACUGCAAGCUGAACUUCAAGAGGCUACUCAAGAGGCUGAAGUGUCAAAACGGCGUCGGGACUGGGCCUUCAGUGAAAGGGAUAAGAUAGUAUUGGAAAGAGAGAGCAUAAGGACACUCUGUGACCGACUGAGAAAGGAGAGGGAUAGAGCAGUCUCUGAUCUGGCAGAGGCAUUGAGGGACUCUGACGACAUUAAAAAGCAGAGGAAUGAGGCUUCCAAGGAGUUGAAAGACUUGAAAGAGAAAAUGGAAGCAGAACAGGAGAAGGAAACAAGAAUGCAACAGUUCCAUGCAAUGGGCCAUAAUCAUAGUCAUGAUUCUGCAAUUGAUGCUGACAUGCAAGAGUGGGAAACUGAGAUAUUGGACAUUGAUCUGAGUGGUUUGGCCUCUGAUGAUGAUCUUGGAUUUGAUCUCGUUGGUGGUAGAGAUGAUCCCCAGUACCCAAAUGACAGUGGAAUAUAUGUAUCAUCAAUCACAAAAGGCUCAGUGGCAGAUGGCAAGCUGAAAGUACAUGACUGUAUCAGUCGUGUUAAUAACUUGGACUGCAGCAAUGUAAGCAAGCGUAUGGUGGUUGAGACAGUACGCUCAAGUGGUGGCAUUGCCAGCAUGGUGGUGCGGCGAAGACGAAUUGGGGGCCGCUGUCUGUACACAACACAGUUGCAGUUGAAUAUGACAGACCAUGGCCUCACGUUGGAAACUGGUAUUUACAUAUGCAAAAUUACACCCGGCUCUGUAGCAGCAAAAGAGGGAAACUUAGCUGUUGGAGACAGAGUGCUCAGUAUUAAUAACAAGACAAUGGAUGGCUUUAAAAGUGCUCUUGAAGCGAUGGCCAUAUUGGAUGAACCUACAGAUAUCAUCACCAUAACAACAUUGAAGGCCUUAUCAUCUGUGAAUUGUUCUCACUCAUGUGGUCACAUGCUGAGUAUUGAAGAAGAGAGAGGGUAUUUUGGUUCAUCUAAUUCAUCAUCCAGAGCAUUAAAGGAAUCCCCCAGUAACGCACAGAAGAUGGUAAAUCGCUGUUGCCAGACUGAAGGAGAAAAACUUUAUGUGACAAAUCCAUCUCAGGGUGAAGAUUUUGUGUCAGACAGGAGGUAUAUAAAUACUACUUUUGGGAUAGGAGAGAAAGCUGUGUACAAGGUGACUCCUUCUCCUGUGGAGAAAGGAGGAAAUUCUAGGGCUUGGGAUAUGGUACGAGAAACUAUUGACAUGGUCAGAGGCCGAAAACAUGCCAAAGACAGGAAUCACGACUUGCCUGAAGAGAAAAAGCAUCGCCAGAAUCAGUCCCCCAAUACUUUUGAGCGAGAGCAAGAUGAUGCACUGGCAGAACUGGAUUCCGUCAUUGAAAGUUACCACGGAAAGCCAGUGACAUUAAAACGUAGCAGGCGACGUGCGGGUAAAGAGGCUGAACGUAAUGGAGGAACUUGGCCAAAAGCUCGAAAUGGCCCCAUUAUUGAGCAUACCACAGGCACUAUUCUCCAUCCUCGAAGACAUAAAGAAAGGUUACCUCUCGCUGCACUGUUGAAUGAUCCACCAAAAUACUGUUGUCCACCAGCAGACACCUCCCAUGAAAGGACAGCCUCUUGCACUGCUGGUUCUUCCAAUUACAAAGCAAAUUCUCCUGACAAUGCAAAUAUUCACUACAGUAAAUCAAGUCAGCUGCUUUCAGGUCAGAAAUCAUUUACUCCUGCUCCAUUUAAGGAGCUACUCUGUGAGAAAAAUGAUAGGAUUAGGGGACCAUCAGAUGCUAGCAUUGAUUUGUCUGUGAAAUCUGGGAAUGUGGGGAAAGAGGUGAUGGAAUAUUAUGUGAAAAAGAAAAAGUAUCCACCAAGUGACAGUGAAGAUUCCCACAGCCGUAUACAUUCCCAGUUGUAUGGUGCUGUUAGGUCAUAUCCGUUUAACCCGUAUCCAGUUGCACAUCAUCAUCCACAUCCCCAUACAGAAUCAACUGCCAACAGAUACCCAUCUCCAACAUUGCUUCCUUCAUCACAGAGUGGUGAAUCUAUUGGAAUGACAGAUAUGAGAUCAUAUUGCUUUGAACCUUCAUAUGCUCCACCAUCACAGGGUUUUCAUCACACUCACUCUCCAUCUGUAGAUCUUCCUUAUAAACCACGACCAGUAUUGCCAGCUCAUUCACAUCCAGGAUAUAGAGGAAAUGAUGACAUGAACAUUGGCUAUUCAUGCUGUGAGGGUGGAACAUUCCCACGAAAAAAAGAAAAUCAGAGAAUACGAAUCCCAUCAAACCCCAGUGUGACAAGCAAAAGCAGUGCAGGAAAAGUAUCAACUGGCAGCAUUGAAAGAGCUUCAGACAGAGGCAGUCCCAUGCCGACAUUUCUGGUAGAAGUCUUGAGUCCUGGUCAUAGAGAAAACAAGAGAAAUUCUUUGCCUGACUAUUGUUAUUCACGGAAACCUGCACCUGGAGAAUUGAGAAGAGUGCACAUAGAUAAAUCAGCUGAACCGUUAGGAAUUCAGAUUUCCUGUUUAGAAAGUGGCGGUGUGUUUGUAUCUACUGUGAGUGAGCAUAGCCUGGCUUCACAAGUUGGUUUGCAGGUUGGAGACCAGUUGCUUGAGGUGUGUGGCAUAAAUAUGCGGAGUGCCACAUACCAGUUAGCAGCUAGUGUUCUUCGGCAGUGUGGAAACUCUAUUACUAUGCUGGUGCAGUACAGCCCAGACAAGUACCACGAGCUAGAGGGAUCGGUAAGUUCUAGUAGUGAUGAGAGUCCAUCCCAUUCUGGCUCGCCUACACCAUGCAAUUCUCCUGACACAACCCGUAAGCCUACACCAUUGCAGUUGGGGGAAUUGCCACCAUCUGCAAUCUGUAAUCUCCGUAGUGGUACGACACCAUCAGGUCAUGGGACCCUAACCAGAAGCAAAAUUGCCCAAGCUGUUUCAUCUCUCACACGUCAGAAUGCUACCACCAGAAGCCCAGAUGAUGCAAAUAAGAUUCCAGUUCGUGAACCUCGGUAUCUUUUUCUUGAAACAAGAAAAAGCAGUCACUUGGGUGUGAGUUUGGUGGGUGGAAAUGCUGUUGGCAUCUUUGUUCAUGGUGUGCAGCCAGAUUCUGUGGCCCAUAAUGCUGGUUUACGGACUGGUGACCAAAUUUUAGAAUAUAAUGGCACUGACCUUCAGCAUGCAACAGCAGAGGAAGCUGCAUAUGAACUGGCCAAACCAGCUGAUAAGGUCACCAUCCUUGCUCAAUACAACAUUGACAGAUACAAUGAAAUAAGAGACAAACCUGGUGACAGCUUUUAUAUACGAGCCAUGUUUGAUCGGAUGGGAGACAUGGGAGAUCAACAUCAGUUGCAGUUCCACAAAGAUGAUGUGCUUUAUGUUGAUAAUACAAUGUUCAAUGGUGUUCCUGGCCAUUGGCGAGCUUGGUUUGUUGGUGAAGAUGGCCACAUGCAGCAGUGUGGCAUUAUUCCCAGUAAAUACAAAGUAGAUGAAGAAUUACUUCUUCGACGAAGUGUUGGUGACUUGGAGGGUGAUGCCAGACGUGGUACAACAUCUGCUCGGCGGAGUUUUUUCCGCCGUAAAAAGCAUCAGCGAAGCUCAUCUCGUGACUCUAAAGAGCUUGCUAGCUUCUCCAACAUUAAUUUGGGAUGGUAUAGUGACUCUGGAACUCUGAAUGAGGAAGUAGCUCUUUGUUCAUAUCAGCGGGUCGAGAGGCUAGAUUAUCCUGUGUUCAGACCAGUGCUGAUAAUGGGACCUCUUGCUGACUGCGUUAUGGAGAAGCUUAUUCAAGAUUUUCCAGAUAAAUUUACUCGUUGUAUUCCAGAAGUGAUGCAAUGUCCACAGUCAGUAAUGGAAAAAGGAAUAGCAGAAAAUUUAUUUGUGGACUACAGAAAGAAGGGCAGCUAUUUUGAAUGUACAUCUGUUAAUGCUGUGAAAGAAAUAUGUGAUAAGAAUACCCAUUGUAUUCUUGACAUAAGCUUGACUUCAGUGGAGAGACUUCAUCGCCACCAAAUAUACCCCAUUGUUCUAUUAAUAAAAUUCAAAUCAACAAAACAGAUUAAGGAGGUCAAAGAUACUAGGUAUCCAAUGGAAAAGGUUUCAGCAAAAGCAGCAAAAGAAAUGUAUGAACAUGCUUUGAAACUGGAAGUCGAGUAUCGACAUCUUAUCUCAGCUGUGAUUCCAGCUGGUGUGAAUGUGGCCUACAUGUGCACACAGAUCAAGGCAGCAGUGGAUCAAGAACAGAAUAAGACGCUGUGGGUUCCUUGUGGAACAUUGUAGAUCUGUGCUUGUCAGAUAUUGAGAACUGUUACUGAUGAUGUUCCCUUGCGGAAUUUUUAUCUAGAAGAACAGUCAGAUUCUGACAUGAACAUUGUGUUAGUAUUUAUUGUUUAAUAAUAAUAAAUAGGACUCAAUAACAUUGAGUUGUAUUAUAAAAACUGUUACCAGCUCUCUUUGAAUUCUCAUGGAUGUGUAGAUGUGAUUUUAUCGUAAAGGACGUAGUAAUUUCAGAUAAAUGCUCUACAAUAAGAGUAAAUUAAGGGUAGAGGUAGAGGAGUAUUAACACAGUUUCAUGUCUGUCAUUUGUUUGUGUUGCCAUGAACGUCUGUCUCCUGGCUGCUUUACAUUUCUGCAUUUUUGCCUAUCUGUGGGAUGUUAACCUGGUGGUGUCAAACUACCACAAAUGCUCUUCUAUAAUUUGCCCAGUCAUUAUUCUUGCUCUUUGUUUCCCUUUUAUUGCAUUAGUGUACAUAAUUAGACAAAUUUCACAUCACGAACUGAAGAUGUGUGUCACAUUAAUGUUAUCAGUUGUUAUUAUUAAUCCCAACAGCCUCCAAAUGAUCCACCUCCAUUAUUUUUGGUGAAGAAUACUCAUCUAGAUUUCAGUGGCAGGGUAACAAAUGAAGAUUACUUUGAGACAGAUUGUGCCCAGUUGGACAUUUAGUUCAGUAAUCAACAUUUUUGGGCACUAAAUGUCUGUAGCUAUAUUAUUCAUGGAUAAUUGUUAUUGAUGUACCAUAUUCAGUAACAUUUAAUAUUGUCUGCAGUGUAUGAAGCUUUAAUGCAUCAUAAAUUUUUGGCUUUGAAUCAGUAACUGCAAUAAUUUAAUGCCUGUGUGGUCAAAAUUCUGUGAAAGACGUCUAGAUCCAGAGGUUCUCCCAAAAAAAACAAUUCCAUUGCAAACUAACGUGACAACCAUGUCUCUUGUGUUCAUGUUCUGUUGGCUUGUAAAAAACCCAUUUCACCAUUAUUCGAUUUCCCAAAUCACCCCAUGCUGAUAUGGAAAUUUAUGCUGGUAAAGACUGCUAUGCGUCAGUGGCCCUAGACUGUUAUAUGUUCUGUUUGUUUAUUUUGUUGUAUGUGUUAAUGCAGUUGUUAGAUUAUGAAUACUGUGUGAUAUUACAUUAAUAACUCAGUUGUAAGUAGCAUAAAACAUAUGAUUUUAUGUGCAGGUUAUGUUUUAAUAUGAGAAUUCAGAGAGAACUUUCAAUUUUAGUCAUUUUUUAUCUGUUGUAUGUAUAUAUUGUAGACACUGUGUGUGUGUGUGAGUGAUGAAGCAACAUGUAAAUGCAAUACUCAUUCAAAAUCUGUUUGAAAUGUGUCAGUCAAAGAAUUGUUGUAACUGUUUUGUAAGAUUGUUCAGUCAAAAUCUGUUGCUGUAAUAAUUUGUCAAAGCAUUUUCUCUACGAGAAUAGUUUAUGGGAAAAAAGCUUACAAUGAUACAGAUUUACUGUUUAAUUUCUAUCAAGUGAUACUGAUAUUCAGCUGAACUGUACCUGUUUUUGCAUAACCUGUUAACAAAGUUUUGUACCUCUUCAUUGUACUUCUCUGAGACUUUUUGAUGUAACAUGAGUCAGAGUUGUUUGAGUAAUUUGAAAUGAUUAACACACAGUAGUGUUAAUAGUAACUUUCAGAUCUGUCCAAGGACAGCAUAAACUAUGGCAUUUCUUUACAAAGUGCUGACUGCAUUAAUAUGAUUACAAUAAAUUUUGAUUCUCAUGCAGGGGAUCAAUGACAAUCUUCCAUUGAACUUGCUGUUGUCUUAUUACUCCUCCCUUAUACAAAUGGGUUUUCAAAUCCUUUUGGGAUUUAUAAUUUCCUCUUCACCUUUGACAAAAACAGGAGUGGUUCUGCUGUGCUUGGUUGCCACAGUGUUACAUUAAAAAAAAGCUGUAAUGGCACUAUUUUGAUCCGUUUAUUGUUCAGAUUAGUAAAUAAUGACAUGAGAUUCCAAGAAACCUAGAGAUUUAUAAACAUGAAGUACAUGCACUCACUCAAGGACGGCACAUUGACGGAUAGCCCUUGACCUCUCUGCCUCGAAAAUCCACUAUAACUUCAAAUUUUACUGAUCCUUCAUCGGUGAAAGAAUAAAACUAAAAUUCCUGAGCAAAUCCAAUCAAGUUCUAUUGUUAUUGUGAGAACUAUGUGGUUUCCCACCUUCAAAAUAGUGAGCCUUAUUUCUGCCACUGUGAUCACAUAAAGGUUUUGCAUGACAUAUAUUUCAACUGGAGAACUAAAAAAUAAUCAUGAUUUCAUUGUAAGGUGGAAAUUGAAAGAACAACAUGGUGGCGAACACGCUACCACUGUGCACUAAGAAUAUUUCAGGAUCAGCCUACUAGAAUGCUUCAUUCAUUACAUUCAAGAUAAACAGUAGCGACCACUACCUCCUAAAAUUAAAUAUGCAUCCAGUCUCCUGAAAUGUACAAAGACACUAGAAAGGAAGAAAGUAAGUGUAAGAGAUACCUUGAUCUAACUGUCCAUAAGGAUUAACCAUGAGUUUUUUUCAUUUCACAUUGUGAGAUGCAGGAGACGAGUGAUGCAUUGGAGCUAACAUAAGAAUACAUGGCAGCAUCCUGAAGAGGUCUCACAUGGUUAUCAUAGUGAAGAGUUAUUUGAACACAUGGUCAGCAGAAAACACUCAAGUCUUCCUGCAGUUAUGGCUUUGUUGUAAUUUUCUCACCAAACAUUUCAAAUUACUUGGACCAUUUUGACUUGCACUGUGUUUAAUUUUGUUGGCUGUGCACUAGAGAAAUUUCAACGGUAUUUAUGAAUCAAGGAAAUUUUAGUUUGCAUUUUGUACAGUACUUGUUUACAUUGUUAAUAAUUUUUGACUUAAACGGUAUUGUGUCUGCUGUGCUUCUUUCCCAUUAACAGACAGUAAAAAAUAAAUCCCAGUGCUCUGUAGUAAUUAGUAAUUGUUAUCAUGGUACUUGUUCCUUUCUUACAAGAAAAUUUUUUUAUGUCUCAGUAAUGACUGCUAGAAAAAUAUGAAUUGUCUGUUAAAUUGGAAAUGUCUCACAGAUGGAGAGUGUUAUUACUUAAGUAGUUAAUUGCAAAUAAGAUUGUACAGUUUUAAUUGGACUUUACAGUUUAAUUUGCGGCAAUGGUGGAUUUUUGUAUUUCACUUAGACAUUGAAAUUUUUGUCUUGAUUACUGUUUUGAAAUCGCUAACUUCAGUUAAAACUAAGUUGCAUAGAUUUAGGUUGUAUAUGCUGGUAAUACUGGUUCUGGACCAUAUGUCAUGCCUACGUAUUAGGUGAAAUGACAGAUGAUUAGUACAACACAGUGAACAAAGCUGAUGGGUUGAUGAUAUCAACUAUAGCUUGGUAUAUGUAAAUAAGAAAGAAAAGAAACAUUUGUAACUAUUUACUCAAGCUUCAUUUUUGAGAAAGAAUUUGAUACUAAGAACAUUAAAGGGGGUCUGUUAAUUCCAUUUGGCACUCUUUAUCCAUGAACCAAUACUUCAUCAAAAAGAUUAGCAUAGGAUAGACUAUGUCACAGCUAAAGAGUUACAUAACUGUGUGGUGGCAGUGGUUGUGUAGCGAUGGUCCAAUUCACCAGCGUGUGUUUGUCAUGGCAGUUUUGUUUGCCAUGAAGUUUUUGUUUUCAGGUGGUUAUAAAAUUGUUUUGCCUCUUUUAAAAUUAAUUUCUUAUAGAGCCUUACAUGAGUUCUUUGUAACAAAUAUGCCAAAUCAGUUGACUAGUAUUUGUCACCAGAGUUCGUUGGUGUCUUUGAAUUACAGGCAGCAUAAAGAAUAAUGAAUUGUUUACUUAUUGAGGAAUCAGUAGACAGGUGUUAUUUGCCAUUUUAGGAAUCUGCUACGUUGGCAAAUAUAUUUUGAAAGUGUAAACUAGAUGCAAACAAAUUUAUCGCUACAUAAGGUUCCCCUGACACUCUUGUGAAAAGCAUUUUUUUGUAUGUCCUGGAUAGAUUUGGAUUAUCUUUCUCUGUGUAUGUGUUAAUUAUUGUUUAUUUAUUUAUUUAAUAAUCAGGGAAAUGAGGUGCAGAAGAGAGGAUUAACUGGCCUAAAUUAUUUUUUUAAAAAAUCCUGUUUUUUAUAGUACAUUGUACAGAUAAACAGAUUGUACUAAUAUGCACCAGCAAGCACUUCCAUGAGACAUCUUUCCCUCCCUGUGAUCGUUUCAUAAAUUGAUGUUCUGUUGAGCAUCUUCCACAUUUAAUUUCAUUUUGUAUAACUUGCCAUGUGAUUGUAUUUGUUUCUUAUGUCAUAUAUAGUUUUCUGUGUAGUGGAUUUCACUGUCAUUAUUUCAGUUCACGUACCAUGUUCAAAACACUUUUCAUUCUCAUGUGAAAUAUACCAGCAGGGAGAUGUGGUCAUUAAAUCUGAUGCCUCAUUGACUGGCUGUCACCCAAAACAUAUCAUCAGUUUUGAUUUGGGCCAUAGAGUAUUUCAAAAUUCACUCCCUCUAGGAAUGAGUAUUUUGUAGCAAUAGUGGUUUGAAGUAAGACACUUGUUCACAAAACACUAGACAAAUAUGUGAUCACUAUCUGCAGUUGACUUUCUAGGUCAAUUUCAAAUUUUAUUUUUGUAGUCAGCUCUUGUAAUUAGAAAGGAACUUCAAUGUAAACUUUUUACAUUCAUAAGAGAAAUAUUGAAAGAUAGAAAAAGUGCAAUAAGAAAAAAUCUAUUUGUUUGAACUACACAGUCAUCUGAAGUUCCAAUUGGACCGUAAACUACUUGCAAACACGUUAAAAAAGAAGAAUUUAGUUUGCACUUUGGUAGACUUUCAUUGCUUCUCUGUGCACUUUUCUUUCUUUUUUUUCAUGUGACAAAAUAAAAUGUUUGGUGGCUUUGUUUAUGUAUUCAUAACCAUUGAGUCAAAGAUGGGCAACUGUGAUUAGCAUUUUAGAAUACAGUAGUCUUCAAGUACAACUUGAAUGACACUCUUCCAGUUUUUCAUUCCUCUUCAUAUCUGUUGAUAGGAUCUGAUUUUCUAUGAAAUUACUGUGGGAAAGAAGCCCUUAAUCAGUGGCAGCCACGUUUCUUAGUAUUAUUGUGCACUCGAGUCACGUAUUUUACAGGGUGCUCUCUCUUCCUAUAUUUUUAAAAGAAAUGCCGCAAUAUAAUGUUUAUAGAGAAUCACUUUUAACUUAUUUGUGUACGUAUUUGAUUAACAGAUGAAACUGUAUAUCUUUGUAAAUGUAAUGUGUGAAAUAUCUUUCCAACUUAAGGAAUAUGUUUUAAUAAUUUUUUAUGUGUACUUUGACUGAAAAUGUAUUUUUGUAAUGUAUUUAACCCUCUUGUGACUUUUAGAAAUCAGGGUACUGUCAAACGUGUUUUAUUAAUGUAAGAAAAUUAAGUGUAAAGGAAAAAUUAUGUAUAUUGGUGGAUAGAUCAUUUUAUGUUGGAAGUUAUAUUUACAGAGACUGAACAAGAAGCCAUAUUGGCUCAGAAUUUUAUUGUGGUGUUUUGUUGCACCUGUACAGAUAAUUGCCAAGCACAAAAUAGUCAUGUGGUGUAUGUUGGAUUUUCUUUCCCUCCUUUUUUUUAUAAGCAGUAGAUAAUUGUGAUGUGAAAAUAAUUUAAUUAAACACAGUGUUCAAUUGUUAAAGUUGUGGAAAAAAUGUAAAUUUUAAUUGAAAUGACCUUAAACAUGUCCCUUUUUCAGAAUAAAAUAUUGUGCUUCCCGUUUUAAA